UUCAUUAUCGAAUUUACUUAUUACAUUACGAAUUUUUAACGUGAAAUAGAAUUACGAUUAUUAACUUUAUAAGAAUAAUCAAACACUCAAAAAUCUUUAUCUUCUUCUUAUUUCUUUAUUUUCUUAACUUCGUUGUUCUGUUGCAAACCUACUACAUUAUAUUAGUUUGCUUUUCACAUUAUAUGUAAAACUCCAUGUUGACAAUGUAUAAUUCUGCAAAUAUCACUCGUUUCCAACACCUGUCAUAUUCUAUAAGUAAUACCUACGCAGAAUAAGGACAACUGAUUCCUUCCGUAAGUGCAAUGAUUAAAUAUUAAUGCGCAUGCACCAUAUACGUUACAUUAGUGACAUAUGAUUAACAGUAAUUUUGAAAUUGAUGCACUUUACCGUAAAUACAAUUUUAAUGUGUACUUUACGGUUCCAUUAACAGAACCAGAUCCAGAAGUAGUAAUGACGUACACUGACGUGCGAAAUUGUCAAGCGUUCAGUUGGUUAACAUUGGGCUUCUUAUCAUGAAUCGAGCUACAUUCGAGAAGCGAUUCUUAAGGAUAACGAAAUUAUUCGGGAAACUGAGUGGAAUUUGGCCAGAUCAAAAUAAAGUUAAAUUUAGUUUGUGGGCCAUGGUGCAUAUUACUAUGGCAUCAUUUGUCUUUGUACAGGUAGCAAGAAUUGUACAUAUAGGCACUUUGAAAGUCGUGAUAGAGCAAUCGUCUAUAAUCGGCACAGGAGUUGUCAUGGUCGUAAAACAUGGUAACUAUAUUCUGAACGCAAAGAAGCUUAAAUCCCUUUUGAAUGACAUGUCCGAGGAUUGGGCAAUCGAUCGAUUGAAAGAAGAAGUUGCCAUUAUGACGACAUACGCAUGUAGGGGAACCACUCUUGCGAUGUUCUACCUUGUAAACGCGUGCAUAUGCGCAAUCCUUUUCUUACAACUGCCGUGGACAGUGCGCCUAAUGCACAUGAUAAAACCACACAAUACAUCGCUGCCAAUGGUAUACGCUAUACCAGCUUAUUAUUUUGUCGAGGAUGAUCGCAAAUAUUAUUACUACAUUCAAAUGUAUCUGGGCCUCUCUAUAUAUAUCGUGGUCAUUGUGUUCGUCGGUUGUGAUACUUGUUACAUGGUUCUUGUGCAACAUGCAUGCGGAUUGUUGACAGUGGCCGGAUAUCGCUUCAAAAAUGCCAUCAAUGACUUUCCCUUCAAUACGAGGAAUUCCGAAAAGGAGGCAAAGGAAAUAAAUAAAAGGCUACGUUUUUCUAUACAGGGACACCAACGGGCAAUAAUGUUUCUGACAAAAAUCGAGAGCGCACAUGUUAUAUACCUUCUUCUGUGUAUGGGUAUAAUAGUCUUGUGCCUUAGUAUUACGAUGGUACAGAUCACUACGAUGGAAAUAUGUCUGGAUUUCUAUAAGUUUGUCAGCUUUCUGAUUCUUCAGUUCUUGCAUCUGUUCUGUUUAACGAUGCAGGGACAGUUCAUCAUAAAUUCGUCCGAUAUGAUUUACAAUGCAAUAUACGAGGCAUCAUGGUACAAUGCAAAUCCAAAGACGCAAGCGUUGUAUAUAUUAGCGUUGCGGCGAAGUCUAACUCCACGCUAUUUAACUGCUGGUGGUUUAAUAGAAUUGAACAUGCAAAGCUUCUCAGAAGUGAUAAAACUAUGCGUUUCCUAUUACACAGUGUUGAGAUCAACAUAAACAACGGACCGAUAUACACUGAAUUAUAGUAACUUUUGAAACUAGUUUUUGUGAAAUUGGAUUUUAACCUCAAGUGCUAUCAUGGAUGCACUUUCAUUAUGCGAAUUUUGUUUCAUUAUUGACUUUUUAAUAUUGUUAUUACAACGUGAUUUGUGACCACGACAAAUAGUAAUUUUUAUAUUUUUCACGUAAUAGUAGAUUAUAGCAGAAUAUGAAGUUAAUUGUAUUUAUUUGACAUUAUUAACAUCUGAAAUAAAGAAAACAUUUUCAUCGACGCGAGGACCUUAUUUUCGAAUUACCAAUUCGAAUAGUAAUGUUCAAUUUUACACACGGAAAAAUGAUUCUAAAAUUGCUAUUCUGGAACAGACGAGACUUAUUGUAAGUUUCAUAUACCUUUCCUAUAUUUUUGGUUCACGAGACCCAAAAAUUUUCAGUAUGAGAUGCUGCUCAAUGCUAUGUGGAAGGAUUAGUCAAUCAAUACAGUGAAAGAUGAAUUUGACGUUAUGGUAGAGUACGCCAAAAAAGUUGCUUCAUUUUGUCGGAUGUAUCUUGCUGAGAUAAAUGAUAAGAAAACUACGUCGUUUCAUUCUACAAUUUAUUUCACGAAUCGCUGCAAUCGAUUUACAGGAAUGGACGUUUUCUGUGCUACAGGCUUCAUACAACUAUCACUAACGCCAUUUAUUUUGGACAUAAUUUCACCGAAGAACGAAACGCCUGAUUUAAUAUACAUUUAUCUUGCUUAUUGUUAUAUCGAUAACAGGAAGUAUCGUGUACUUAUACGUUUCCGUAUGACGUAUACGA